AGGGUCAUGUCCUGUUCACUCAUAUAUUCCUGUCCGGGGAAGCGCUAUUUACUCGCUGCUGGAAAACCGUGACAGGAGGCUUUAGCGCUCAGCAGCAUGGAAGUCACCAAAGGAGAGGAGCGAUCGGCUGAACAGGCGGCGUCUUUAUUUGGGACACAAGAGCUGGAGAGCCAGAGGAACACCGACCGUGGAAAGAAAAGGAAUACCCACUGUAAAAUCAUUGUUGGGGUUCUGCUGCUGAUCUUACUGGUGGUCAUCCUGGCUGUGGUGAUCUCAGUGAGAAAAAGUAAUAAUGGAAAAGCAGAUGGGAUGCUCUGGCUGCAGAAGACCUCUGAGGAAACUGAACAGCCACAAUGUCCACCUGGUUUUUCCAGACCUCCUCUGAUUCUGGUGUCUUUGGACGGUUUCCGAGCAAAAUAUCUGAAAGAUCACAGGAGCCACUUGCCUAUCAUCAACAAGUUGCGCAACAUCGGAACAACAGCACCAUACAUCAGGCCUGUUUAUCCCACAAAGACCUUCCCGAACCAUUACAGCAUUGUUACCGGUCUUUAUCCUGAGUCUCACGGGAUUGUGGACAACAAGAUGUAUGAUGUGACCCGAAAUGCUUUUUUCAGCUUGAAAACUGAUGAGAAAUUCAACGCAAAAUGGUACCAAGGAGAACCAGUUUGGAUCACUGCUAUGCGUCAGAAAGUGAAAACUGCUACUUUCUUCUGGCCAGGCUCAGAUGUAGCCAUCAAUGGCACCUUCCCGAAUUUCUACAUGAAAUAUGAUAAGACUAUUCCAUUUGAGAGCAGAGUGUCAACGCUAUUUGAGUGGCUAAGUUUACCUCAAGGAGAAAGAGCUGACUUUUAUACUUUGUACCUGGAAGAACCUGACACAUCAGGCCAUCGUUACGGGCCAGGAAGUAACCAGGUGAUUCAGGCCUUGGAAAAUGUGGACAGGAUUAUGGGCAUGCUGAUGGAUGGCCUGACAGUGAGAGACCUGCAUCACUGUGUCAAUAUAAUAAUCAUAUCUGACCAUGGCAUGGAGGAGGCUUCAUGUGAAAGGGCAGUGUUUGUGUCAACUUACCAAGACCAUUCUGCUGACUUUACUGUCAUCCAAGGCCCAGCUGCUCGCAUUAGACCAACUCAACUCCCAGAGGAUUAUUUUUCAUUCAAUUAUGAGGGCCUUGUAAAGAACCUGUCGUGCAGGAUCCCUGACCAGCCAAUGAGGCCGUACCUCAAAGAAAACCUCCCAAAAAGGAUGCACUUUGCUCGCAACAUACGCAUAGAGAGGGGUCACCUUUACAUGAAGCCGGGCUGGCAAGCAGCACUUGACCGUAAGGAAAUCAAGUAUUGCUCUGGUGGAUUCCACGGCUCAGAUAACGUCUUCACCAACAUGCAGGCAAUUUUCAUAGGUUAUGGUCCAGGAUUCAAAGAAAACACUGUUGUGCCCCCAUUUGAAAACAUUGAAAUAUAUAACCUCAUGUGUGAUCUCCUUGGUAUUCGCCCUGCUCCAAACAAUGGGACCCACGGCAGUCUAAACCAUCUCCUCAAAAAUCCCGUUCACCUGCCAGUUAACCCAGCCCAGCUCUCCCAUGACUCCCUGUGUGAGGCCACUGGCCCUGUCCCCACGGACAACCUGCAGUGCACCUGUAAAUCCCAAACCCCGGCAAUGGAAAUGGAUAUGAAUGGAAAUCUCACGACACCUAAUUCAGAUGCUAAGGCCAGCUUACGUCGCCUCCACCAUCCAUUCGGCACCCCACGAGUUGUCCAGUCAGAUGCAAGCUUCUGUCUGCUGCACCACUCUGACUACCUCAAUGGAUACAGCAAAGACCGGCUUAUGCCCCUCUGGGUGUCGUAUACUAUCAAGCCUCUGACCAGAAUGCAACGCCUAAGCCCAGAGUUGGAGGUGUGUGUUCGUGCUGACAUACGCAUCCCACCAGCCGCCAGCCAGCUGUGUAUGCGUUACAGAGAUGACCCCACUCUGUCCUAUGGCCUUCUGCAUCCCCCCAAUCUGAAUGCCAGUGGUCCAGAGACAGACUCUCUAAUUACCAGCAACAUGGCACCAAUGUUCCCUGCAUUUAAAGAUGUCUGGGCCCAUUUCCAUGAUGUCCUGCUUCCAAAAUAUUCACAACAGCUGAAUGGAGUCAAUGUCAUGAGUGGGCCAAUAUUUGAUGAAGACUUUGAUGGAAAUGUUGAUGCAGUCGGAAAAAUUUCUGGGAAUGAGGCUCCCAUCCCAACACAUUUCUUUGUCAUCCUGACAAGCUGUAAAAACUCGGCCUUCAGCCCUGUUAAUUGUGAGGGUCCACUUCAAGUCAAGUCCUUCAUCCUGCCCCACAGACCCGACCACACAGAGAGCUGUGCUAAUGGGUCGGACUUGACAUGGGUGGCGGAUUGGCUGCAGUUUCAUACUGCUCGAGUCCGAGACAUCGAGCUUCUGACGGGACUCAGUUUCUACCACGACAGAUUAUCAGUGGAAGAGACGUUACAGCUCAAGACAUUUCUACAGACUGCUUAAAAUCAGAAAUGUUGUCAAAUGAAGCUUAAAUUACCAAAGAAGUCAUUUUGCUCUCCAGAUGUGUGUCCAUGUGGACACAUAAUAAUCCAGAAACAAUGGCUUUUACAGAUGCCGCACUUAUAACAGUUUACUGUUCAAGGACCAAAUUGACCCCAACCUUAAGUUCCUUCCAUUUUCCUAUGUCUGAUAUCACAUCAAAUUUGACAAACAUCACAUGUGCAAAAGCUCAGCUUUUUAUCAUGUUUUUAUAGAUGAUUGUACAAGAAAAGUCAAGUAUAUUUUCAUGAUUGGGGCAUCUACAUGCAAACAGAUCUGGUAAAUGCCUCUUAAGUGCUUCCUCAGAUAAGAAAGUGGGUAGGCAGAAAUAAAAUAAAAGUGAAAACAAAGCAUGUGAUGAUGAAAGAAUUACUUAUGUCACAUGAAUUCAAUGGCAGCAGGAAACAGCAUCUCUGAUGGGAUCUAAGGAUUUGGAAAUAUUACCGUUUGCUGACUGAAUCUUGCAGUAUAUCUGGAGAGGUGGCUGUGGCAGCUGGAAAACAUCCAACAUAAAUGAGUUUUGUUUUUGCCAAAUGUUGUCUUUUAAUUUUUAUGUUUUUUUCACUGGUGUUAAUUUUAGUAUUUUGUAAAUUUCGAAGAAAUGUCUGUGUGCAUGGACAGUGCACAAUAGCGGUGAGUACACUCCUGUGAAAAAUAUCACCUAAAAAAUUAAAAUUGUAUCAGUGAUUGCCUAAUAUUAAAAACACUGCUCCCACAGUAAGAAGUCAA